UCCCGGCGAGCUGAGCUGGGCGAGUCGGGGAAUCGGCUCGCUGGACGGAGCCCCGGGGCCAUGGCCUCGGCCGGGGUGGCCGCUGGGCGACAGGCCGAGGAUGCGUUACCGCCACCGGCCGACCCGCCGCUGACCGAGACCAAGCCGUUGCCGCCGCCGCAGCUGCCGCCACCGGUGGCCGCGCCCCAGCCGCAGCAGUCGCCGGCGCCCCGGCCCCAGAGCCCCGCCAGCAUGAAGGAGGAGGAGAACUACUCGUUCCUGCCGUUGGUUCACAACAUCAUCAAAUGCAUGGACAAGGACAGCCCGGACGUCCACCAGGACCUGAACGCCCUCAAGGCCAAGUUCCAGGAGCUGCGCAAGCUGGUCGGCGCCAUGCCCGGCAUCCACCUGAGCCCCGAGCAGCAGCAGCAGCAGCUGCACAGCCUGCGCGAGCAAGUGCGCACCAAGAACGCGCUGCUGCAGAAGUACAAGAGCCUCUGCAUGUUCGAGAUCCCCAAGGACUAGGGUGGGGAGGGGCAGAGGGCGCCGUGCUGGGGGGACUCUGUAGUAAUCCGUGUGUCUGGAUGCUAGUGACUCGUGUGCCUGCAGGGGGGGGCGGGGGAGGUCAGAAUGUUCCUGGAGGCUGGGGGGGGGGGCAUCUGCUGUGUCAGGCCCCCCAGUGCUGCUGAAGAGCCCAGUAGGAAAGGGGGGGCUGCUCCUCUGGGCCGCCUCCGGCCCUGCUAGGAUCAAUGUGCCAGGUACAGACUGUUCCCGUCAAGAGACAUUUGCAUAGAAUUCACCGGUGAAUUAGGCCUGCAUGGGUUUAAUGUGAGUGAAGGAGGCUGUGGGAGUAGGAGGCCACAGGGCCAGGGCGGGCUGUCUCCCCUCCCCGCUCGCUCGCUUCCUUUGAUGUGUGAGAAGGGGAGGGGAGCCCUGCGGGCAGCCCGCCCUGUGCCUCUUGUUCCUCUCCUGCCUGUGCCCGGCGGCCCACGCUGCUUCCCCGGGAGGGGGACCAGGGCCGUGUAUCCUGCACAGGCGCACACAGGCCUCCCUGUGCCGGCCUCCCUCGUCCUGGCUAGCAGAAGCUUCCCACCCCGCUGGCCCUUGGUCACCACCUGAGAAGAAACAUUGGCCUUUGGACCCCCUAGAGAUGGGCACCUCCCACUCCCCCCAGCCGCCUUGUUGGCAGGAGUGCGGUGGAGGUGUUUGUGGCUGGGGUUCCAGCUCUAGGGGAGAGGGGGGCGCCUGGCCCAGGAGGCAGCCGGAGAGCAGGAAGGAGGCCUGGUGACCGUAGCGGGACAGAGGGGACCAGGUCUACCGGGGAACUGCCGUCCAACGGAGUUGGUGAUCCUCUCGCAUCUCAGAGUAGAGGGCAGGCGGUUCCAAGGCUCUGAUCAGGUACCAGAAGCACAGGAAAGCAUGCGCCUGCCCCCUCCCAUCUGAGACAGAGACAGACCGAGGGUGGGGGGUCGGGGGCAGAGCGGUCUUCAGCUGCAUAAUUAAAAGAACUUUCUCAGGCCAGUGCUGUGGCGCAGUGGGUUAAUGCCCUGGCCUGAGAUGCCGGCAUCCCAUGUGGGCGCUGGUUUGAGUCCCAGCUGUUACACUCCUGAUCCAGCUCUCUGCUGUGGCCUGGGAAAGCAGUAGAAGAUGGCCCAAGUCCUUGGGCCCCUGCACCUGCAUGGGAGACCUGGAGGAAGCUCCUGGCUCCUGGCUUCGGAUCAGCCCAGCUCCGGCCGUUGUGGCCAUCUGGGGAGUGAACCGGCGGAUGGAAGGCCUCUCUGUCUACCUCUUUCUGUAACUCUUUCAAAUAAAUAAAAUAAGUCUUUAAAAAAAAA